AUGGAGAAGAAGCGCCGGGCGCGCAUCAACGUGUCGCUGGAGCAACUCAAAUCCCUGCUAGAGAAACACUAUUCACAUCAGAUCCGGAAACGCAAGCUGGAGAAGGCAGACAUCCUAGAACUGAGCGUCAAGUACAUGAAAAGCCUGCAGAACUCCAUGCAAGGGCUUUGGCCACCUUUCGUGGGCACUGAGUACCCGUCGGGUUUCCGCGGCUGCCUGCCUGGCGUAAGCCAGCUCCUGCGGCGUGGUGAGGAGGGCGGCGGCCUGCGCAGCCCCUUCGUGUCAGACAGCAAGGGUGACAGCACCAUGGACAGCGGCGGAUCGUGUUCCGGCCGGGAAGCGCCAGCGCCGCGGGCUCCCUGCGCGCCCUCUGUCUGGCCUGCCGCGCAGGCUCCUGAGACCUGCGUCCCGCGGUCUCCUCCACCUCGGCUGCUCCUUCCCGGCGGCCCCACCGGCCCGACCACAAGCGUCCCCGCGCCGCAGCCAGCCCUGCGCCGCUGCCCAGAGAGCCUGGGGCCCGUGCUGCGCGUGUGGAGGCCCUGGUGA